UCCGGUAGCAGCAGCCGAUGUUUGUUCGUGCAGUGUUAAAAAACUGUACUUUAGCUUAAUUUUGCGAUGCCACUUGUCGAAUGUUAGCAUAAUUUUUUGGCGACGAUCUAGUUGUUAGCUAUGGCAGCACUGUCGGGUGCCAAAAUUGGGGCAAUCGGCCUCUACAUGGGUAAAAAUUGCUCCGCUUUCUUCUGCCGCUCGCGUCAGUUUGCCAAGGUCGGAGUCGUGGGGACGAAUCAUGUUGCCCAUUUGACAGCUACCCACGGGGAGCCAUACCCUAGAGCUAAGCCAUGGCCCUACAAAACCCGGGGAUACAACGUAAUCUACGAAUUGUUUGACAAGACCACGAAACGCCUCAAUGACAAUAGCAAAGUUAUCGUUGUAGAAGGAAAUAUGGCGUUAGGUAAACAUAAACUUGCAGAGGAUAUCGCAAGAGAGUUCGAUCUCCUUUACGUUCCUGCUCCAAAAUUUGACGACAUCUUCAUAUUAUCAUGGUCUGGGUUUGAUAUCAGAGAGCUUGAUGAACAACUGCCUAAAGCUGCCCAGUGUUGGGACCUGAAGCGGUUUUACACAGAUCCGAAUGCGAAACGAAGCCGAGUUGGAUUGUCACAAGUAUUUUUCUAUAUGGACAAAGUGUUCACCUACGCAAAGGCCGUUCAUCAUAUGUUAAGCACAGGCCAAGGUGUUGUGCUAGUGCGAUCUCCUCACAGUGACAAUGCUUUUGCCAACACAAUGAGGAAGUUUGACUAUUAUUCCCCGGCAGGCCUCAAGUACUACAACAUGAUCAGAGACAACAGUAUUUGUGAAAUACUGCAUCCCCAUGUAACUGUAUACCUGGAUGCGCCAGUCAGCAAGGUGCGAGAAGGCAUCAAGAAGAGGAAUAUUCCCCAUGAAGUGAACAGUAAGGUGCUAACAGAUGAAUACAUACAAUCCAUUGACAACGAGUACAAAACCACGGUUCUCCCAGACAUGAGGCGCCACGGCGCUGUUUUGCAGUAUGACUUACGAGAAGAUCUAGAUUUGGAAAUAGUUGUGGAGGAUUUAGAGCGGCUUGACCUGGAGGCAUCCCCUGAGGAAUACCCAGACCGCUUCCGUGAGUGGACCACGCUGAAGGAGGAUGAGUGGGCGUACUACAGGAAAUUUUAUGGGUCUGAUAUAGCUGUUGGAGGUCUAUUCAGUCGCCCAAUGCCGAUAGAUGUUCCUGAGUUGAUGCUCGACACGGAGACAGCUGAGAUCUGGAGAUCUGUUGUAGAGAGUCAUCCUGGAUACAGAUACGAGAAAGGUUUUGAUCCUGAACAAAACCAGGUACUUUUCCGCAUGUGACCUAUGGAGUCGCCGCCUUAGUAAUAAGCCCUUGUACAUAUUUAUUUGAAAAUGUUAGUGCUAACCCAGGUUCCUUUACGCAUCCAUACCAUCUGAAUGCUUACUCACUUUUCAGAACUGUACAACUGUGGUGAGGACUGAAAUCCUCUGUGGAGCACUGUGUGCUCUUUGCUUCUUUGUACUCAAGAUUACAGUGCUC